AUGGAGCGGAUCCCGACUAGAUUGGCGCUAAGUAGAAGAAACAUUUACGUUCCGGAUUUGAGGUGUGUGUUAUGCAAUGCGGAGUCUGCUGAACAUUUGUUCACGGGCUGCGGGUUCUCUUUUGGAGUUUGGUCAUACAUAGGUCAGUGGUGCAAGAUUGAUCCGGUCUUCGCUUUUCAUGUCACCGAUUUGCUGCAGAUAAGGAGUAAUUUGUUUUGCGGGACCGCGGGCAAGAAGAUUAUAUCCGGAAUUGUGAUGGUUACAAUGUGGAUGAUUUGGAAGAUGCGAAAUGAGAAAUUGUUCGGAGGUAAAGAGCCGAAGGUCUUGGACGUGGCGGCUAAUAUUAAAUCUAUUUCUUUUUUGUGGCUUAAAGUAGAUCUCGGUUUAAAGAUAUAG